AACAUUACGUCAUAUCAAGAAACGUGUACGGUUGAUAGCAUCCACUGUGUGUCCUUCCUUCCACUAUAACCACUAUAAAUUGGGGUCAUGGGUUCAUUCCCUAUUGCUCGUUCAACUCUUGUUUGCAUUUAUUGCUUUUCAAUUUUCUGUCUUUUUCUUAUAACUUUCUCUCCUAACUUUUUCCCUAGAAAAUGUCUUGCUGCGGAGGAAACUGUGGCUGCAGCGGUGGCUGCAGCGGUGGCUGCAAGUGCGGCAACGACUGUGGCGGUGGAGAUUUCGUCGGAAUUUUCGUCGGAGAUUUCAGUGGAGAUUUCAUGGUGGAGAUUUCGUCGGAGAUUUCAAUGGAGUUGACGAGAAAGAUUGCUACGAUCGUGUAGAUUUCGUCGGAGAUUUCGUCGGAGAUUUCAGUGGUGUUACAGUGUGUUGAUCGCGUAGAUUUUCAGUGGAGUUGAAUCAGGUUUGUUUUCGAUGGAGAUACCACAUGCAUUUUGAUUUUUGUUUUGAAUUUUUAUUUAGAGAGAAGCCAGCUUGAUAGAUUUGAUUUUUAUUUUUGGAAUUAAUUUUUUAUUAUUUGUUUUUUAAUCAAUCUCAAAGAGUGUUGACAGUGUGUUGAUCGCGUAGGUUUUUGAGUGGAGUUGAAUCAGGUUUGUUUUCGAUUUA